CGGUCGAUAGUCGAUCAGUCCAUUCCGACAGUUGCCUCAAAGAAGAUCUGUCCAAUGUUUCAUUUGCUGCUAUCCCUCCUACUGGCUUUGCUAGUUUCCGCUAUUGGCGUUCAAAGUUUAGAAUGCUACAGCUGCGACACGGACCUGACGGAUUUGGACUGCAAUAAUCUUACCACACUGCCGAAGCAGGUCUGCCAGAAUGUGUCCGAUUAUAACCUGGUUUCGAUGAGCUGCGGGUACAAACGGGUACAAGUGGGUAACCAAACGGAGAAAAUCUUCCGUGGAUGUAUGGUCGCUGGUGAGUGCAAUCUGCUCAACCGACAGAGUGAACUGACCUCGAAGUACCGCAUGCUGACUUGUGUGGAGUGUCGUUCAGAUAAAUGCAAUGAAAUGCGGAGUGGGACUGGUCCGGUUGGCUUUCAAGGAACGGCUGGAUCGUUUCUGUUGUUGAUUUCAAUUGCGGCUAUUCUUAAAGAUCAAAUAAUGUGAUUUAAUUAGGUAGAUCGUUAAGUUGAAACGUAAAAAAAAUUUUUGUCUCGGAAAACCACGAUGGAAAUCAUGAAAAAGAAAUAAACACCGACUAAGUAAUCAUGUUCCCCAUCCUGAAGAAACCAUCACGUGGAUUGAUUCCAUUUGUUCGCACACGUGAUUCAUACGAUGAAAAAUAAACAAAAGUUGCAAAUAAACAGCGAACAGGG